AUGCGCCCUGAUGGACUCCACCACACGAAGAUGGUGUCGGCGAUGUUCCUGACGGCGAUACAGCGCAGGCACGGGCUCUACUUGUCGGUGAUUGCGCCCACUCUCGUCGAGAAGGCUGCCGCGGGCGAGCACGUCACGGUGAGAGAGUACAAGGGCGACUUCCUCGCCAACUCCAACAAGGGCGACCGCACCUCCAAGCACAACGGGAUCGGCGGCGACUUCGCCACGAUGCGGGACGUGCACUACGAGGUCAAGUGCUGGAACUCGCUCAUCAAGUCGACGACGGUGGGGAGGGGCCCGUGGGACAAUGGUGGCAAUGUGGCGUCGGUGGGCCACCUCUACGGGUUUGGAAACACGCUGGACAAGGCGUUGAUGGGAGUCGUGGGGUGCAAGGAGCGUGGCCGUCAGUGGGUCAAGAAAGCCAUAACGCGGCUGGUGCUCGUGGAAACCUUGGGAGGCAUUGCGCCGCCCACCGAGCAGUUCCUCCACGUGUUCGCCAAGGAGGCGGCGGGCACCAACACGGACCGGACGGCGGCGGUGGCGGGCGACGCCGAAAACAUCAACAAGCAGGCGCGCAAGGAGCGUACCAACUGGAUCAACAAGCAAAAGAACAAGCAAGCGACAAACGGCUUCUUACCAGCCAGCACCAGCCCGCCCUUUGUGUCGGCGUCGUCACAGCAGGUCCCCAGGCACGUGCCGAUGGGGUCGAGGCGGCAGUCGCGGGCUUCAGAGCCCAGGCAGAGUGCCGGAGGAAGCGACGAGCGGCGCCAGCAGUCCGGCCGUUUGCCGUCGGGUGUGAGCACCAUUCACUCGCUAGUGGGGCCAGCGUUUGACUCGCCGCUAGCUGGUUUGUCGACGGCCUCGCGGCGGAGACGGUCGGCGGGGAGCGGCGAUGCCGAUGGGAAGGGUGGAUUUCGCACUUUAACCUGCGCAAUCGGGCCUGUGCCUCGGCGAUAA